AUGGCUGGCGUGUCCGUGUCGGAUACGUAUCCGACACGGACACGCGUUCAGGAUGGGGGAACGGCGCGUCCCUUUUCCCGGUUUCCGGCGGACGUGGGCAGAUGCGGGUUGACACGGGCGGACGCGGUCCCAGCUCCAGAAAUCCGAUGCCCUAACAUUUUCAGCUCCAAUCGACCCCCUUCUCGUGUUUUCUGCUCUGUAACUUCACUGCCUGUGUUGGUCGUUCUCGUUCUUCAUCUCUCACGUUUAUUCACGCUGCCUCGCCGUCUGCUCCGCCUCAGUCUUCAUAUUCGACUGUCUGCUCUGCCUCAGCGUCUUCGACCGUCUGCUCUGCCUCUGCCUCACCGUCGUUCUUCAGCUUCAAUCUUGGGUAUUGCUAUAUGCCCGAAAGUUGAUGAUAGUUGUUUAGGUGAAAUGCGAAAAGCUCAAGAGGAGGCUGAGAAUAGAACAAAACCAAGACAUGUGCCAUUGCUAACUCCAACUGAGAGCUUGUCUCCUUUAUGUCAAAGGGGUUCUACCCCUAUUCAAAGUGAACACAAUCAGGGAAAAAGGAGGGCAAUAAAUACAAUAGAAAGAGCUUUCCAACAAGGAGCUAGAGAUAAUUUAACUGCUGAAAUUGCUAGAAUGUUCUAUUCGGCUGGUUUGUCUUUCAAUUUGGCACGUAACCCAUAUUUUAUUAGUGCAUUUCAAUAUGCUGCCAACAAUGUAAUUCCUGGUUUUAAACCUCCUGGUUAUAAUGCACUAAGGUCUACUUUGUUGCAAAAAGAAAGGGCCAAUGUUGAAAAGCAACUUGAAUCAAUUAAAAGGACUUGGAAUCAUAAGGGGGUAAGUAUAGUUACAGAUGGUUGGACAGAUGUACAAAGAAGGCCAUUAAUUAAUUUUAUGGCUGUAAGUGAUGGAAGUCCCAUGUUUUUGAAGGCAAUUGAUGCAACUAGUGAGUAUAAAGAUAGAUUUUACAUGGCUGACUUGAUAAAGAAAGUAGUUGAAGAAGUGGGGCCUCAUAAAGUUGUUCAAGUAAUUACUGAUAAUGCACCUGUUUGUAAAUCUGCUGGUAAGAUGGUGGAAGAUGAAUAUCCUCACAUCUUUUGGACACCAUGUGUGGUGCAUACACUUAAUCUUGCCUUGAAGAAUAUAUGUGCAGCAAAAAAUACAGAGGCAAAUGAAAUUGUUUAUGGAGAAUGCUGUUGGAUCACUGAGGUGAGGGAUGAUGCAGUCUUUAUCCGAACAUUUAUCAUGAAUCAUUCUAUGAGAUUGGCCAUGUUUAAUGAAUUCGUGCCAUUAAAAUUGCUUGCAAUAGCCGAAACAAGAUUUGCAUCAACAAUUGUGAUGUUGAAGAGAUUCAAACUUAUCAAAACUUCUCUUCAUACACUGGUUAUUAGUGAAGAAUGGAAUGCUUAUAGAGAUGAUGAUGUUGGAAAGGCUGCUACUGUGAAGGACAUAAUUCUUAAUGAUCUUUGGUGGGAGAAGGUUGAUUAUAUUCUCUCUUUCACUAAACCAAUUUAUGAUAUGUUGAGAUUUGCUGACACAGAUAGACCCACACUUCAUUUGAUUUAUGAGAUGUGGGAUUCAAUGAUAGAGCAAAUCAAGGAAUCAAUUUAUAAGCAUGAGAGAAAAUCACUUUCUGAGUACUCUUCAUUUUAUGAAGUUGUUUAUAACAUCAUCAUUGAUCGAUGGACAAAGAGUGCCACUCCACUACAUUGUCUUGCCCACUCACUGAAUCCUAGGUAUUAUGCAACACAAUGGCUUGAAGGUGGACUAAAUAGAGUCUCUCCACAUAGAGAUGCUGAAAUAUCAACUGAGAGGAAAAAGUGCAUUAGAAGGAUGUUUCCAGAUGAAGAAGAGAGGAAAUUGGUUAUGAAUGAAUUUUCAAAAUUUUCUGGAUGUUCAGAUGAGUUCUCUUUUAUUGAUUCCAUACAAGAUAGAUGGGUAUUAGAGCCUAAGGCUUGGUGGAGCAAUCAUGGUGCUGAUGCUCCUAAACUUCAAGGGACUGCAUUGAAACUUCUCAAUCAACCAUGCUCAUCAUCUUGUUGUGAAAGAAAUUGGAGCACUUACUCUUUUGUUCAUUCACUAAAGAGAAAUAAGAUGCUUUCAAAAAGAGCAGAGAACUUAGUUUUUGUUCAUUCAAAUCUUCGUCUUCUUUCAAGAAAGAGUGAGAAGUAUUCUACUGGAGAAAGUAAAUUGUGGGAUAUUAGUGGAGAUUGUUGGGAAAUAGAUGAUGUUGAAAAUCUUGAAGUUGCAAGUUUAUCUCUAGAUGAGCCAAUUUUGGAGAGAGAACUUAUAGGAGAAAGUGGUGGUGUCAAUGAAGAUGAGGAAGAUUAGAAUUACUUUAAGUUGAUAAUUAUCUUUUGACACUUGAUAGUGUUUAAGUGCUUGACUAUUUAUUGUAUUAUAUUUUGUUAUGGCAUUAGACAUCUUGAAAUUGUGUUU